AUGAAGUUGAUUUCCUUUUUCAUUGCUCUAUGUGUUGCUCAAGAAAACAACACCGAUCUCCAAACACGUAGUUGGGAAGAUUCUGUUGUAAGAGCUGAGAAAGCAAUUGUUCUUUAUCGCGAAGUUGCAAAGAAGGCGCUUUACUGUAACAUGAUGAACAAGCGGCGACCAAAGUUCAUCUUUCGCUUCCGAAAGACUGUUCUUGACGUUACUUGGCAUGUAAAGAACAACUGCAACAACAAGCGCUCCCGUCGAAGUGUUUCUGACCUUCCAGAUGGAGACUUUUUCUACUUUGACAAGAAACAAGCUAAGGGUAAGGGUAAAGGUAAGUUAGUUUUUGACUACGAGGAGUUCGACGCUGAGGGCUACAAGAAAAUGGACGAGGAAGUCGACGAUGUUCUCUUUGAUCUUUUUAUUGCUGAUUAUGUUGACGUGACUCCUGUAUUGCCGAAGCCGACCUUUUCGAAGUCGGCCAGGUCGAUGGUCUCCCCGUUGACCUCAAUCAGCAGCGACAAUCAAAAACGAGUGACAAUGGUCUCCAAAGCAAUCAAAACUACAAGAAAAACUGCCUACUCCAUUGUUAAAGAGUUCGCAGAUAAGUGCCCAAAAAGCUCUUCUUGGCUGCGACGAAUCGGGGCCAUAAUGAAGAACACGCGUCAAGCCUUCAAUAAGUGUCUUGAGGUUGCACCCAACGCGUGA